UCGCAUAAACCGGACACGCGGAGAACAACCGACUCCGGUGAAGGAAAAACAAAACAGUUGAAAAUAAGAACUUCACAAAACCGCGCGCGCUCUCUACCGAACGGAAAAAAAAGAAACGGUCGGCGAUCAGGGGGGGAAACUCGUGGAAAUAUUCUAGUACAUUAUGGGUUUUGUUUUUCUUGGUUGCUGUUGUUGGUGAAGAGUGUUGAAGGUUUUUCUUUCCGAGAAGAAGACCUAGGUGCGGGAUCUGCGUCAUGUAGAAAGGCGCUGAGGUUACGAUAGCGCGAUAGUGUGAUGCAAAUUACUGCUCCGGAAAAUGUGUGGAUCCUUUUCUUGGAACAGCGACUUCGUACCACUUUCCUUUACUGUUUCCUGUAGCUUCUUGCUCUCUGGUUAAUGGUUGAGAUUUUUGCCGUGAAAUUCUAAUGUAGCUGCUACGGUUGGGCUAAGUACGGAGUUAUCGCGGAGUUGAUACGAUCCUUUGAUGGAUGUUUUGUUUUGGCUCUAUUGGUGUGGUACUUGAAGUUGUGGAAAGCCUCUGGAUGUACGCUAAGUGUUUCAUUCUGAGCUCCCGGUGAUUGCUGUUGAUCGUUCUGGUGUAGAUCAGUGUUUCCCCUUCUCGGAACCUUAGGUGUAGUGUCCUGCUUUCGGUAUCUGUAGCUGUUCAUCUCUCUAGCCGAUCUCUAGCGCUAUGUUACGUAGUUUGUAAGCAGAAACCAAAGUCGCUUAGUCUUUGAAAGUGCAGCCGUCAGUUGUCUGCUGGCGUUGAGUAUUUAGUAGAUAAAAAAUGUGCAUUGUUGUGAAGUGUCUUGGUGGUAGUCUCGACGGCUAGACGGGAGUCCCUUGUGGCGGUGUGUAAUUAUAGAUGCAUUUUUUUCUGUUUUGUAUACCGCAGAAAGCGAGAAUGCUUCGGGUGUGAUGUGCUGCAGAGUGGAAAAGUAAAAUAGCACUUAGAAGCGCUUAUCGAGAGGUGUAGUUUUGUUGUUCAACAGAGCGUAGUUCAAAUAGUUCGGUUGAUCGAACCGUGUAUGCUUAGUUGGUAUUAGUGGAUAUCGAACUAGAGAGCUUUUCGGCAGAAGGUUAGUGCCUCAAAGACCGAAUCUGGUUGGAGACACCGGGGAAAUUAAGCGGUGAAUUUCGGGAAGAAUUCGUAAGUCAGAUGCAAUGCGUGUACUCGCGCCCGAAAGUAAAAAUAGUGCGUCGUCGUCAGUUUUAUGCUAAGUUGCGUGUUUUGUGGGUCGCGAUGACCGGCUGAAGGUGAGCCGAGAGUGAGCUUGUGAAGCAGCACGUACAGCAGUUGUUGUCGAUUAGUGUUUGUGUGAGCGCUGUGGGAAAGUGCAGAAAUACGUCAGCGCCAUCAGCUGUUCGCGUGCUACACCUUAGCUUGGAGCUGUAUGUUUACCCGAUAAUCGCAUAACUGUGGCCGCAUCGGGAUGUCGAGUAUUUGUUUUACGAUCGGAUCAAUCUCAACUUGAGGCUAACAAGGUUUAGGUCAUCAAUGCCCAAGAAUGUAAACACCAGAUAUUCUCAACAGGCGAAAGCGCGUGGUUCGCAAAACCGAGCGGAUAAAAACAAACAACCCUAAUUUGUAACAAUCCGCUACGCCAAGUGAAAUACGACCGACCGCUAAUUCCAUCUCAUUUACUCUUUCAAGAGUUCCAUCUAGUGAUUCUAAACCACAGUAGUUAUCCAUCAAUCGGAGUGCGUCGUUACCUGUCUUCUGGAAACGUGCCGCCUACGUUAGAAAAUAGCCUUUCCUAAAACCAGCACCAGCAUAUAACCGUAAAUCUAGCAGUAGAAAACGCAAGUGUUUAUUCCCCCGUUUCCAAUCUGACCCAAACCGAUCCGCACAAAAGCCAGAUCUGGAAAGUGGCCUCGCCGUAGAAGAAUUAUCGUCGGGCAAUUUUCCGUUAGCACAAAGUCGAGUUGAAAUCUAGCUUCCCCAGAACAAAAACCGACCGACAUCCUUCGGUUAAUCUGCCCAAUCAAAAGCUUAAUAGCUGCAUAGUUGUUUCCGAAGUAGAACCAAGUAGUGUACCCGCACACAGUUGCUGCAUCUGAAGCAGUUGAAGCUCUGACCUUGAGGAAUCAAAACAACCCGAACGCUCGAAAGUUUUUCCCCCAUCAAAAGCGAGACAGACGAAGACCUACGAAGAACGAGAGCCAGAUAACUCCGGUCCGGUUGCAGAACAGUGGUGUCUCGGCACUCCACUUGGGGUGCUGAUAAAAUCGUGUUUAGCAUAUUAAAGAGCGUGCAAACUAUCGGACAAAAAUAGGGCCGACCGGCUUGCCCGUCCACGAAUGUCGCUGCUGGGGAAGCCGCUCAACUAUAAUCGCGGCUCACGGCGCGAUGCCCGGUAUAGGCGGCUGCAGAGCCGGGUCUACAACUUCCUGGAGCGGCCGAGGGGCUACAAAGCGAUCUCCUACCAUGUCCUUGUAUUCAUCAUGGUGUUCACAUGUUUGGCCUUAAGUGUCUUUUCAACUAUUGCGGAAUACGAGGAACAGGCAACCGCCAUCUUAUUCGUCAUGGAAAUUAUCGUAGUUAUAUGGUUCGGAGUCGAGUUCUUCCUACGACUAUGGUCGUCAGGAUGCCGCUCCCGAUAUCAAGGGGCCGUGGGAAGACUGAAAUUUUUAAAGCGGCCUUUUUGUGUAAUAGAUAUAGUUACGAUAGCGGCCUCGAUAGUGGUGCUAGUGAUGGGAUCGUCCGGCCAAGUCUUCGCCACCAGUGCCCUGCGGGGGUUGCGGUUCUUCCAGAUCCUACGGAUGGUGCGGAUGGAUCGGCGUGGCGGCACCUGGAAGUUGCUGGGGAGUGUCGUCUAUGCUCACAGACAGGAACUUAUUACGACGCUGUACAUAGGAUUCCUGGGCCUUAUUUUUGCCUCGUUUUUAGUAUAUUUAAUGGAGAAAGACGUGGAGAAAACCAAGUUCAACAACUUUGCUCAAGCCUUGUGGUGGGGUGUGAUAACGUUAUGCACUGUCGGGUACGGCGACAUGGUACCGGAAACGUGGCAAGGCAAAAUUAUUGCAUCGUUUUGCGCCUUACUCGGAAUCUCGUUCUUCGCCCUGCCGGCGGGCAUCCUCGGCAGCGGCUUCGCCUUGAAAGUACAACAGCAACAGCGGCAGAAGCACAUGAUUCGCCGCCGACAGCCGGCCGCCACGCUGAUCCAAUCGCUCUGGAGAUGCUACGCCGCCGACGAACACUCGCUCUCGGAAGCGACGUGGAAAAUUCACCAAGUACCUCUUCCCAGCCCGCCUCCAUCCUUUCGUGGUCAAAAAAUAUACCUCCUGGCCAAACGAUGUCCAAGUGCCACGGAAAGGCGGGCGUCGUCGAGCUUCAAGCACAACGCCUCGUUCGUGGCCCGGCUGCCCACGAUCCGGCGGCACAAGAGCCAAUCGCUGCACUCCCCGGGGAACGCGAAACCCCCCAGUGGCUCCGGUGGCGGAGGACCUGGUCCAACCGGAAGUGGCGGCCGAUCCGGGCGGUGUCCCCGGGUGACGGACAUCAACGCGAGCUCCGAGAAUCUCGCCGUCAAUAUCGAAACCAGCGAAUCCAGCGACCGGCGUUAUCGAAUCGUUCGCUUCAAGAUUCCAUUCGAGUCCAUUUUCCGACAAUGGACGCCCCCGACGACCAACGUUCAAGAUGAAGACGAGGAACCAAGGUGUGUAGCGCUGACCAAUCAACACAAGGGGGCCAUCCGGUUCAUUCGGAAGCUGAAAUAUUUCGUGGCACGGCGGAAGUUUCGGGAAGCCCAAAAACCGUACGACGUCAAAGACGUCAUGGAGCAGUACACCUCGGGACAUGCGGAUCUGCUGAAUCGUGUCCGGAACCUUCAGUUUAGGUUAGACCAAAUUCUUGGCAAACAAGGAUCAAAAUCAAAAGAUGUUUAUGCAUCGAAAAUUAGCUUAGCUUCUCGAGUAGUAAAAGUUGAAAGACAAGUUGAUGACAUAGAGACAAAGUUAGACACAUUUAUAGAGUUAUACAUGCAGGAUCGGAAGCGCCUUUUAUCACUUCCACUCCAUGCGGACGCAUCACAUUCCAACAAUCCAAACCUUCCAUCGUUGCCACCGAAAGGGGGCGGAGCAUCGGCUGUUAUCACAUCUGUGACUAGUAGUUCUAGUGGUUCGUUAAAACCAAAACCUAUUUUAAUAGAUAAACAAUUUUCGGAACCGAAUUCACCGAUCGCGAAAACCUUCGAGGAGCCAAUCCAGCAGCAACAGCAGCAGAAACGUCCCCCGAUGCAGCGCGGCUACUCGGACCUGGGGCAUCGGAUCAAGAAGCGCGUCACGCUGAGCUCAAUACCUCCGCAGUACGUGGGCAACAGCACCGGCCAAACGAACGACCGUGGCGACGUGGUGAUCGUAGUUCCUAACAUCGAUCCGGACCAGCUGGAUCCGGUCGGGUGCAUCGAGGACCUCACUUCCGUUUGCAUCGAUACCGAAAUCGAGAUCGAACCGGGCAGCCCGAAAACCAUCACGGAAAGUUCCAUUAUCAUGAUGGACGAAGAAGACGAGGAAGAGGAUGAUGACGAUGACGAUGAUGAAGACGACGAUGAUGACGACGAAGAGGAGGACAUCGAGGAGGAGGAUCUGGAUAUUGGGGCCGAGAUCGAUCCGGAUUCGCCACCGUGGGAUCUGUACGGGGAGCUGGACAACGAGGAUCAGGACGAGACGACGGAAAAUACCGCGUUGCUGCAGGCCGCCGCCAAAACGGAAAUUAUCGUCACUCCAAUCAGUCCGGUCAGCUCAGCCUACGAACUGAACCGCAUGGACAGCGACGAGUACCGGCGCUCCCGACUCGGCGUUCCCGGUGGCAGCGGACUUCCGGCCCUGAUGCCCCCGACCAGCAGCACCAUCACGACGACCAACGGUAACGGCAGCCACGAAGUCGGUCACCACGGCUCAUCGUCAUCAUCAUCGUCUUCCCCGGCAACGGCAUCCAUGCUGAUGGCUUCGACGGCAAUGGAUUCCCUGAAACCGGAACUGACCCCGUCCCAGCAACAGCAGCAGCAGCAGCAUGGGCGAAUCGCUUCCGAAGAUAUAUGAGAAUGGCUGAAACUGUCCCCAACGGUCCCAUUUAGUUUGGCGACAGUGGUGGGCGACGGAAAAGGUGACGGUUUUUGUGGUUGGGCCGGACUUUGGAUGCCGAAACCUUUGCCGGAAUGUUGCCGUCAUCCACCUUCGCCGCCUCCAGUUGUCCUCGUUCCAUUCCACCGUAGCCGGUGCCUCCUUCCGAUUGUUGCCCGAUACGUUCUCUUAGUUCAGCUGGUCCUGUUGACGUGGCUCCGGGCGCUCGGUUCCAUUCUGAUGCUGCUGUCCUUCGCCACAACAUUGAUGUUAAUCGGUUGCCAUCUGAUGGCAGCUUCGGAUGGAAAACGUCUGGCCAACCUCAACGACCAACGCCAAGUCAUGGAUCAGCAGAAACACCUGACCACCAAAAGCCGGAGAUUGACAUCAACGCCAACAAAGGUUGGGAUCGGUUGCUGGGCCAGCUUCGUCACAGAUUCAUCCGCCGUUAGACAGCUACUGCUAUCUUAGCCGCAUCUAGCUGUCUAGUUUUAGUUUAGCGUGUUGCCACGUCAUCGUCGCCGUAGCCAUAAUCAUUCGACGACGACGUCUCCCUAAAUCUAGUGCUGUAACUCUGGAAUUAGUAUUAGGUUUCCAAAGUGCCCUAUGCCAAUUUAAGCUUUAGGUUCUAAGGCACACACACACAAAAAAAAGUUUUAAGGCAUCCCCAGAUCCUUUCUCAAAGCCAUAUUAUGCAUUUUCUUUUAAAAUUAAUUCGUUCCAACUACUCGAUUCGACAGUUGUUGUUAAGAUAUUAGUCGUGCUGAAAAUCGAAUAAAACUACUCAUUUUAAAAACAUUAGUGACAAUUUUACGCUACAUACCUCACACAUUUUACACUUAACGUUAAGCCUCUCUCGGAGACGGUUUGGAAACGUGUUUGAAUUAUUAAUGGUGAAUGACUCCAGUUGAUGAUAACUGUUUUCACUGCUGAAAAGCUAGGAAUUCAUAUUAAGAGCUGGAAGCUAAAUUUGAUUUGUAAUGUUGUUUUUUAGCUUUGGGGUUUAAAACAAUAAAUUUUGUCCAGAUCGGUUGAAAAGGUACAGCUAUUUCACAUAAAACAAACAAAUUGCCAACGAAAAUUGAACUCAUCUCUAAAAUCAGAAAUUUUUAGGAUUUAUACAUAAAAUCUAAAAUUGACAGCACUCAUUUGAACUUGAAACAUGUACAUUUUAUAAAUCAGGUUUGAAAUGUACACAGCAAAUUUUUUUUGGCUGGAAACCAGGUAAAUUUUGCUAGUUUUUGUCCCGCUGACUUUCCAGCAAAUUUUCAGCAAUUUGCUGGAAAACCAGAAAACUCAAUUGCUGGAAAAACAGCAAUCUUUGAAAGGCAUUUUGAGAAACCUUCAAAUGUAUGGUUUAUAUUCAAUUCUUUUUUAUUGCUUUUUGUUCAUAUUUCAAAAAAAAAAUCUGACUGGAACGUUUUUGUCUAAAAUAAAUACAUACAUUUAUGAAAGAGUACGCAAACACAAUUGAAGUUACACAAAAAAUUUACAAAAUGGCAUGCUCCUCCUGCAUCUUUUAUCGGCUAGUCCAGCCAUAGUUUAAAUAAGUCUGUAAAAUAAUAAAACAAGUCAGUUUUCUUGUAAAAUUUAUAGUCAAACAAUCAACUUACCGAAAGGUUCGCUUUUAAAGAUUUUUUCCAUUGGGCAACAUUAAACUUCGAUCUCUUAUUUGUUGAUCAUCUUAAGUUCACUCUCGAAAAUAACAAAUUUUCAAAUCUGACAUCUCGAUUGCUGAUUUUCCAGCAAAACGGGUCAAUUACUUUAAAAUUUCCAGCAAAUGCUGGAAAAACAGCAAAACGAUUCGUGUUUGCUGGUUUCCAGCAAAAACUUGGAUUACUGAACGUUUCCAGCAAUUUUUAUUGCUGGAAAUUGAGACAAAAAUUUACAGCGUGAAAUUAAGAGCAACCAACCUGAAAUUGAGAGCGAACAACACAG